AUGCCCAGGAGCAGCUCCAUCUCGUCCAUCCCCUCGACCGCGCCCGGUCAUCCAACGUCGGGUCCCCUCGCCUCUCGCUCGCACCCGGCCUCGCCCCCGUCCGCCACGGCCACCACGACCAAGCCCCGACUCGCCAAAGCCAGCUCGCUCGCCGACCUGCGCCUCGCCAAGCACAAGCUCUUUGCGCGCUUCCGCGGCACCCACACGGCCAACGGCGACGACGACGAGCUGUGGGGCACGACCGAGGAGGAGGCCGAGCGCGCCCCUGAACCGCCGGUCGCUCUCCCUUCCCUCGCCGCCUCCUCGUUGAGCACCCGCACCCGCACGCCCACGCCGCGCGCACCUCGCCGACCGGCCGCACCUUGCGCCUUUCCGCUCGAUGCGGCCCUCAGCGCCGAGGAGAUCCGCCGCCUCGAGCGUCAACGCGAGGCAGAACUCGCCGCCGCCGCCGCGCUCGACUACACGCUCUCGAGCUCGCACGCGCGCCGCUCGUCCCGCUCGAGCACCGCCGCCGCCCAGGCCGACCAGGCCACCUUGACGCCGCACUCGCUCGCGCACGCCAUCGAGCGCCUCAACAUGGGCCCGUCGACGGCGUACAGGCACGCGCACAAGCGCAGCCUGUCGCGCGACGUGCUCGAGCCGGGCUUCGCGUUCGAGCUGCGCGGCCGGUCCGGGUCGGUCGCGAGCCUGCUCGACUCGACGGCGUCGAGCGAGUGCUCGUCCCGGCCGCGCACGAACGACUCGCUGCCGUCGUUCGCCGAGAGCGCGUCGACGGUCGACACGAGCGGGUCGUUCCCACCGAGCCCGAUGCAGAGCCCGACGUUGCGCAGCCGGCCGACGUUCGGCACCUCGUACAAGGAGGUCAAGGUCGACACCGACUCGAUCGCGGCGCAGCCUCGCGCGUACGCCUUUAUCUGA